UUCAAUAUAUGUACUUAGUAAAUGCUGAUGAAAUGCUGCCAAUAUACUGACUCAGAACAUAUAGUAUAAAUACAGCAAGCACAUGCACAUUUAGGCCUGCAGAGACGUAUAUUAAAACUAGUUAGACUUGAUACACAGACCACUUGAAGAGAAACAGACACAGAUACUACGAUGCAUAAAAUGGGGAGUAUUUCGAUUGGGAGUAGUUUCUGGUCCUCCCAUGACAGACACAGAUGGGACAUAGCACCAGGAAGAGACUGUUGCUCACAAAGACCAAGAGAUGACUGUUGCUCACCAAGACCAAGAGAUGACUGUUGCUCACCAAGACCAAGAGAUGAUUGUUGCUCACCAAGACCACAUCACAGACCAGGAGAAGACUGUUGCAAAUGUAUGUGUAAAUUAUGUGUGCUGUUCUUCUUAAAAAACAGAAUGUCAACUAAACGCAAAAUUUUUCUGCUCUGGACUGGCAUAGGCAUUUUGACUCUUUUAAUAGGAUUGACAGUACGUUUUGGCAUAUAUGGUCAAAAAUCCAUAUCUGCUGCGCCUGGUGACUCCCUGCUUCUGCCAAACUACCAAUCUGCAUUUAUGUGUACAGGAAUUGAUAUAAAACUAAGUCAAAUCAACACAGCAGUCGACGUCCUUCAAUUUUCAAAAACACCACCACUGUCUGAGACUAAACUAAGUCAAAAACUCCAAAAAGGAACCACUGUUCUUCCUUUCAAGUAUGAGUUCUGGGGAUUCCAUUUACUCCCAGGCUCAAAUGUACAAGUGGACACAACCAUAGUUAAUGAUAUAGACCUUUAUGUAAUAAAAGGGAAAAUGAAUCUAGAGAGAUGGAAGAAUGAUGCGGAAUGCUGGGGAUGUAAGCUAGCCAGUUAUACAUACCGAUACAUCCCAGGGAGGAGUUCAACCAAAUUCACAGCCAACAUUCCAAUCAAUAAAGAAGAUGAUUACUUUUUCAUAUAUGCAAGUCUGAAAUACACUCAUUCUAAUUUACCUUACACAGCAAUAACAGCUGGCUUUUUGAUUAACAGAGCACAGUAUGAUACCACAAAUCCGAUUAACAAGUGUUCAUUGGGUGGAAACAAUCAGCAAUGCAGUCUGGAUAUGAAUUACCUGUCACCGAAAAAAAUCCUCAUCAAUUUCAAACCUGAUUCUGAACUAGACAAUAUUGAUGUUGUAACAUAUUGCUAUCCUAGAUAUACAAUCUACUUUAUACUUUUCCUUAUCAUACCUGGUUUAAUAGGGAGUGCUAUAACAUUUGUCUUAUUCAUAAAGGACUAUUGCAGAAAAAGAAAUGGUCAAUAUUCUUUAUUUACUAAUGUGACAUCAUCACUGUAUCCACGGCAACAAAGCAACCCAAACCCCAGAUAUUCACUCAUUGAAGAUUCGGCUGAAAAUGAUGAUAGUUACCCGUCAACUGUCCGCACCGAUCCAUAUUCCCAGCCAACACAUGGAAAAUUCCAGGCCUAUACAUGGCCAACAAAACAAGGAAUGGGACCAUCAAGCCCACAACCUCAACAGCCAAGUGCUCCAGUUAUAACUGAGCCAAGUGCACCAAUAGAAACUCAACUUGAGGACCUUCCACCUUCAUAUGAUAGCUUAUUCCAGAAAUAAGAUACAAACUAGAACUUCAAACAUUGAAUCCUUUUUUAUGACACUUUGAUAGCCAUUUCAUUGAUGUUUCGUGUACCUUCAAAUGUAAAAAAAACACAUUAAUAAUCAUGUUAAGAUCACACAUUAUUACAUGUAAUAUGAAGAAUUCCAUAUGAAUGAAACAGAAUAUCACAUUAUGACUUGUUAUUAAU